AUGACGAACACAUUCACGAUGUGUCCCGGCACCGGAACGAGCCAUAUCCUUCUUCCUAGGGCGGCGCCGGGCUACGCAGGCUCCAAGCGGACGCUGGCUGUGUACGACCCUGCAGCGGCACAGCAACGGGCCGAUGCGGUCAGACUCUCUGCGGACGCCGGUGCACUGGUGCCAUCACCCGUGGGCGUGGCCGACGAACCCAUCAAGGCAGUGCCGCAGGCUGCCGCCGCUCCCAAGCAGAGAGCUGAGCCGCCGGGGAUACGCGCACCCAAGGGCCUGCUCGCGCACCUGAGCCUCCGCGUCGACCUGCCCGUGCACUUCAUCGACGAGAAAACCGUGACCGCCACCGACGUGGAUCCGCAGCAGAACCGGUUCCGCCUCCCAAUCGACGGCGUGAUACGCAACCUGCGCCCGGUCCUCUCCCACCUAGAUCGCCAGGCCGCCAACCUGGUGCACGUGGAAGCCCCGAGACCAAGGCUGCCGAAGCUACCCAAGGUUCCUGGGGAGAAGACGAAGAAGAGAAGGGGAAGGGAGCACGGCGGCCUUCCCGUGCUCGUGAUCGAGCGCGACGCCGGCAUCAGGGAGCUGCAGCUGACGCGGUGGGAGAGCAGCGGCGUCUGCGUCAUCAAGGGAGAGGGGUACAUGGACUUCAUCAACAACUGCGGCUUCAGUGUGGGUGACGUGGUGGAGAUCUGGGCUUUCAAGCAGAAAGCCUUGCGUUUGUUCGGCGUGGAUAUCUACGAGGAGGGGUACCAGGAGAGCUCUCUCUACGUUCUCUUCAUCAAGAAAGGCCGGAUGCUACCACCACCCCAUGCUCUAGUAGUUUCCGAUGGAGGAGAGGAAACAGCACAAGAACACGAACCCUAG